GCGCCGCCGCCCCUCCGCGCCCGGCGGCGCCAGCCGAGCCCCGCGGAGCGGCAGCCCGAGGUGAUGUGAACUAGUGUCCGGCAGAAAUCUGGACUGACGAUGAUCACCAGAGAUCCCUUGAGAACGUCUCUGCCGGGGCUGCCAUAGCGACGCGGAGGACGCCGGCGCCGAGCGGAGCGGCGGGGACGGAGCCCGGACAUGCCUUUCUCCCAGCGCACAUACCACCCGCCGGCGGCAGGGCCCGGCGCGGGGCCCGCGGCGUUUCCCGCGUUCCAGUUCCGCGCGCGGCAUGAGAACCCGGACUGGCGGCGGCUGAGCACCGUGGAUGUGGAGCGGGUGUCGCGGGAGGGGGACGUGGCGGCCCUGCAGGUGCACCUGGAGCACGUCACCUUCUGCAACGCCGAGCGGGAGUGCUGCCCGCACUGCCAGGGCCCCGCAGACCCGCUGCUGCUGAAGCUGCUGCGCCUGGCGCAGCUCAACACCGAGUACCUGCUGCACUCCCAGGAGUAUCUCAGCGCCCAGCUCGGCAGCCUGGAGGAGGCCCUGCGAGAGACACAGGCCCAGCGCGACCAGCUGGGCAAGGAGGUGGCCCAGCGCUUGCAGGAGAUCCAGGGGCUCAAGGAGGAGUGCCGGCGGAGGAAGAAGAUGAUCAGCACCCAGCAGAUGAUGAUGGAGGCACGAGCCAACUACCACCAGUGCCCGUUUUGUGAAAAGGCUUUUAUGACCUAUGCCUAUUUACAAGGUCACAUUCAUAGGCGUCAUCCAGGAGAGACUGAGAUUGACCAGAAGAACAAAGGCAAGAUACAAAAAUUGCAGGAUGAGAUUGAAAAACUGAAGGAGCAGUUGCAGCUCACCAAGUCCCAGUUAGAAUUGGAACAACAGGCUAAUUUGGCCAGGUUGUCUAAGGAAUGUGAGCAGCAAAAAUCAAAAGAAGAAGAGAUUCUACAAUCCUUUCAUAAAUGGAAAGACGAAGAAAGAGAGCAAUUGGCUGAUCAAAUAGAAAAGGUGAAAGAUAUGUUUAUGAAAGAGCUUAAGGAGUUGUAUUCAAGAAAUUCAACCUUAGAAAAUCAACUGGUAGAAUUACAAAAGUCCAAUGUGCAACAAAAGUCCAAUUUAGGAACACUGAAAGACAGCCAUGAAUUUACAGACGAGAAACUUUACCGUCCUCAGGAUCAUCCAAAUGUGGUUAGAUUUCUGGACAAACAGGAAAAAAAGUGGACCUCUCUACUACAAGCCCUCCGCAGUGACCACGAGUCAGAAAAGUCCCUACUACUGUCACAGAUUGAGACAAUUAAAUCAUCAGCAAAAGAAGACCUGAACAAAAAUAGCAUCUUUUACAAGAAGAAGAUAGAUGAAUUGGAGCAGAGGCUUCAGGAGCAGAAUGAUCUGGUUGUUAGUCAGAAGAUGCAGAUAAAAGAAUUGUCCACGAAGUCAGUUCCAAACGUUAAAACGCAUGAUGUGAGCACUUUUGUAGAGCGUCUUCAAGAACCUAAACCAAGUCCACCAGCUACCACACAUGAAACUGACAGAUGUGAUCACAAGCUAGGUAGAAGUAACCACUUAAUAAAUGCUCUGAAGUCUGAUCCWUCUUUAACUAAAGAAUUGCGAGUUGUUUUGGAGCAAGCCCUGGAGGAGAAGCUGGAAUCCUUGGGAGUUAAAGCAGGUGUUCGUGGAAUAUCAAGUGAUCGUUUAAAUAAAAUUUUGCGAGCUCUUGGAUAUGCCAGAGAAUGCAAACAUAAGCAAGAGCCCUCCAUCCAUGGAAUUCGAGAGAAUCUUAAACGUCAAGUUAGCUUUCGGGUUGAAGAGAAAUCAUCACCUUCUAGYAGAUCUGUUUCGUCUCUUCAUCUUCCUGGUGAAGAAAAACACAAGUUCARUCCAUUGGGAAUGUCCUCAUUUGCCACGCCACAAAAACCAGCGAGGUGGGCUCCAUCAGCUUUCCAUCCACCUGGACAAAGACCAGUCAUCCCUGAGUAUACAUCUACACCAAAGCCCAGGAGGAUUCUUGGAAGUGGAGUUUCUAGGAAGACCCCUAGCCUCUCAACACCACCGUUCAGUUCAGAGGAAGAAGCCGAUGAAGAGGAUGUUAAACAACCUUAUGCAACACCAGAGAUAUUGCAAAAGCAAUCAAAACCAUCAAGCAGCAUAGUUCAUGCUUUUCAGAAGCCUUCUAGCAAAAGCAGUGUGGAUGGGAUGGAAGGAAAUGAAACUGAAGAAACUGGAACCCCUGCCAAAACUUCUAAAGGAACAAUUAUUCAAAAACUGAGCAAAAAAGUUGGAGAGAGUCUUUCUAACCAUGGAAAUAAGAACAAACCAGCUGGAGGAAUUAAUGUUGCACAGGCAUUUAUUAAGAAAGAAGAGGUGAAAGAACCAAAGCUCACAGAAGCUGAUGAAGAUGACUGGGAUAUAUCAUCAGUAGAGGAAGAUAUUUUAUCCAUCAAGAAUGAUAGAGUUCAGAARGCGUUGACAGUUCAGAAAAAUGAGCCCAUUGCUGCAUCUGUGGUACAUGCAUGGGGUCUUCCCAAGAAAAGUGCACCAAAAGAAGAAGGCCUUCAUGAAGCUGAUAACACAAGCACGUUAAAAAGCAGCCUAGUCACUGUAACAGAYUGGAGUGAUUCUUCAGAUAUAUAAUUGUUCCAUUCCUGAUGGGAGGCCCUGCUUUUGGGUUCUGCAGGGGCUCAAUAUGCAGAUGAAAACAUCAAGUGCUUCCCAGCAAUUUUUCUCAUUGGUCCUGAAAUAACAAGGAAUACUGUUUACAGAGCUCUUGUGUCUUUCAGUCUGACUCUGAAAAAGAGUAUUGAAAUAUGCCUUACUGACCAUAUCUGUUUGGAAACAAAGUAAUUCUUCUUUCUCUUUGUCCUGGUUUAACCCCAACCAAGCCCCACGAAGCCACUCAUUCACUCCYUCACCAGUGAAACUGGGGGAGAGACUUGAAAGAGUAAAAGUGAGAAAGCUCRUGGGUUGAAGUAAAGGCAGUUUAAUAGGGUAGGCAGAAGCCACACACACAAGCAAAACAAACCAAGGAAUGAAUUCACUGCUUCCCAAGGGCAGUGUUCAGUCAUCCCAGGAGAGCAGGGCCCCAUCACAGGUAAUGGGGACUUGAGAAGACAAACGCCUUCACUCCCAAUAUCUCUCCCUUCCUCCUUCUUCCCCCACUGUAUAUACUGAGCAUGAUGUCCUAUGGUCUGGAAUAUCCCUUUGGUCAGCUCGGGUCACCUGUCCCACCUGUGUCCCCUCCCAACCUCCYAUGCACCCCCAAUUUCCUUUCCARUGUGGUGGUAUGAAAAACAGAAAAGGCUCUGUGCGAGUCCUGCUCAGCAAUAACAAAAACAUCCCUGAGUUACCAACUCUGUGUCCAGCACAAAUCCAAGACACAGCCCCAUAYCAACCACRGUGAAGAAAAUUCCCUCUACCCCRGCCAAAACCAGCACACUCAUGAGUUCAGUGGUGAAAGUCUUUCAUUUCACUGAGGUGAAGAUUUUGCCUCUAAUGUUUACAUUAAAGAUUGAAACUGGUCUUGCAGGAAAGCCUGUUAACCAAUGAACAGAAUAUUCUGCAGAGUAUUACUUUAUACAAUUUUUAAUGCACAUUUUCUUGUAUUUUAUCAUGAACUUUAUAUAAAAUUGUGAACAUUUUAAAGAAAAUAUGUCCAUGAAUUAAACUGUUACGUUUCUACCAUGGUUUACAAUAAACACCAAAUGAAAAGAAAAAUGCCUCAGGUCUAAAACUAAUCAUCAUGAAAUAUUUCCUAUAAGG